CACCAAAAUUUCCGCGAAGAUCAGGAGCUUUCUUGACUGCCUACGAGUUGAGAAAGCGACUGGACUCCGUACCAACGGCAACGAUGGCCGUCCCAGACGCCCCUUCCGAGAGCGACACUCAGGUCCCUAUGCUUCGAAAAAUUCUCACUUCCGAAUCAGAACCUCUCGCGAGACGCUUUCGCUCUCUCUUCUCCCUGAAACAUCUGGCUUCCCUAAAGCCCCCGACCGCUCAGACGGUGCCUGCCAUCGAAGCAAUCGCUGCUGCAUUCACGUCCCCCUCUGCGCUGUUGAAGCAUGAAUUGGCCUACUGCCUUGGCCAAUCUCGCAAUGACGCCGCCGUACCAUACCUGCGCCAUGUCCUGCGAGAUAAGGCCGAAGACGCCAUGUGUCGGCAUGAGGCUGCCGAAGCAUUAGGCGCUUUGGGCGACAAGGGUAGCUUGGAUCUACUGAAGGAUCUGCGAGACGACAGCCAAGAGAUCGACGUGGUCAGGGAAACAUGUGACAUCGCGGUGGACAGAAUUGAAUGGGAGCACGGCCUGCAAAGGAAACAGGAGCAGCUCAAACAGAGCGAUUUCGCAUCCAUAGAUCCCGCACCACCGCUCCCUCGCACGGCGCAGACACAAUCAAUACCGGAACUGGAGAACACACUGCUGGACACAUCUCUGCCUCUAUUCCAACGCUACAGAGCCAUGUUUGCUCUGCGCGACUUGUCGUCACCGCCUGACCUCCCGACCGCCGUCCCUGCCAUCCAAUCGCUGGCCCGCGGGUUUGGCGAUCCGUCUGCACUCUUCCGUCACGAGAUUGCUUUUGUCUUUGGUCAGCUGUCACAUCCUGCCUCAAUCCCCAGUCUUGUCGAAACGCUGAGUAACACAAAGGAGGCGGGCAUGGUUCGACACGAAGCGGCAGAAGCACUGGGAAGCCUUGGCGACGAGGAAGGUGUCGAGGAUACGUUGAGAAAGUUUUUGGAUGAUCCAGAGCAAGUUGUACGAGAUAGUGUGAUAGUGGCGCUCGAUAUGGCGGAGUUUGAGAAGAACGGUGAGGUAGAGUAUGCCAUUGUGCCGGAAGCGGGAAAGCCAAUCGAGGUAUAGUGUGAGGCUGAUUGACAGCCUCUGCAUGCAUUUCCAGGAGCUUAGGUCACACAAACUGAUUUUUGAGAACAAAAGUGCUGAUAGCUUUGGUGCCUUAGUUGUUGGUGCUCCACCUGCAGAAAUGUGAGUGAGCGAUACGAAAUAGAAAAC